AUGGCGAAAUUGCGAAGUGAGGCUGAAUUUGAUAACUUUACCAAUCAAAGCGGGUAGGCUGUAUUGGUUAGUUUUAAAACCAUCUACUGCUAUUUAGGCUAAACCUUGUUCUUUUUGGUGCUAAUUGGUCGGAUGCUUCUUCCAAGUUGAACGACGUUUUAACCGAUCUUACGAAAGAUUUAGCUGGUCAGUUCAAGUUUUCUUAUUGUGAUGCUGAAGACGUUUCUGAAGCCGCGUUGAAAGUUAACAUUGAAGCUGUCCCGACAGUUGUAUUCUUCAAGGUUUGGACAAAUGUGUCUUAAACUUGUUUUUAGGAUGGUAAAAGCUUAAAUCGAAUUGAUGGUUUUCACCCAACAGAAAUAAGGAAUGCGAUAAUUACCCAAUCGUUUUCCACAGAAACGGGAGGUGCCGAAGCUCCAGUGAAGGUAUGGCUUAUAAGAUUAUGCAGCCACUCAUAAUUCCAGGACUUAAACGCCCGCUUGAGGGAGUUGAUCAACAAGGAACGAGUCACCCUUUUCAUGAAAGGACUUCCUGCACAGCCUCGAUGUGGUAUGUUUAUUUUUCCGGUAUCUUAUAAUUGAUAUUUAGGUUUCUCUAGGAAGAUCGUGGAACUUCUGAACGAAAACAAGAUAAAAUUCUAUGCCUUCGAUAUUUUGAGUGACGAGGAAGUGAGACAAGGAUUGAAGAAGUACAGUGACUGGCCAACUUAUCCACAGCUGUACUUGGAUGGUGAACUGUUGGGUGGUCUUGAUGUAGUGAAUGAGGAAUUCCAAAACCCCGAGUUUGUUUCAAAGUUACCCAAGAUUUCUUAA